AUGUUUACAGCACUCGUCCCCCUCGCUCUCGCUUUGGUCGCCAAGACGUCGCCGACUCCUGGUACAGAGCAGCCUAGUAUGCACCUUGUCGGUCGUGCAGGUCCUGCGAAGGUCUACACCGGCUGUUCCGUGAAGAAUAUGGUUGCCCUUACUUUCGACGACGGACCCUACAUCUACGAGACGAGCAUUUCCGACACUCUCACCAAAGCUGGUAUCAAGGGCACCUUCUUCGUUAACGGAGACAACUAUGACUGCAUUUACGACGAAUCCGUCGUCCAGAGCCUGCAGCACACAUACAAUGCUGGGCAUCUGAUUGGCAGCCAUACUUGGUCGCAUCCAGAUUUGACCACACUGACAUUCGACGAAAUUCACGAUCAAAUGUGGAAGGUUGAACUGGCGAUGAAGAACAUAUUGGGUGCUAAGCCCGCUUUCAUGCGUCCCCCGUAUGGGAACUACAACGACCUCGUCGUCCAGGUUGCAGGCGAGCGUAAUCAAAGCUUGGUGCUCUGGGACUUCGAUUCGCAGGAUUCCAUAGGGGCUACCGUCGCGCAGUCGGAGCAACUAUAUACGAACGCGAUCAAGCAACACCCGGCAAACAUCCUAGCCCUCAACCACGAAACUUACGAGACCACCGCCGAUCAGGUCUUGCCUUUCGCGAUCCAGAAGCUGAAAGCCGCUGGUUACACGUUCGGCACUGUUGCUGAGUGCCUUGGCGGCCUCGCGCCAUACCACUCCUACAACACACCAGGCACUCGCGACAGUUCCUGGACAUGCUAA